AACUGUCAAAAUCUUUUGUUUUUCGUUUUUUGUCCAAGUAAACAUUUAACAUUUGAAAAACUGUUUAAUUUUAAUUGGGCGCGUAUGGAAAAUUAGUCAGCGGUAAUUUACGUUUACACAAAUUUAAAAUUAUCAUGACUCAAACCGUUCCCGUUUACUCGAUUUUCUCGACUAUUUAAUUCAUCACUCGGCAUAAUAAUUAGUUUAAAAAAUGGGUGACACGGUGGAAAUUCCUCUGAGGACAAAAGACUACUAUAGAGCAAUAUUUAAUAAAUACGACAGGAACAGAGAUGGAUUUAUAACUGUUAAAGAGUUAUUAGAAAUCGUAGAAAGCCGCGAGUACGAUGAGGACAUACCCCAAUCUUGCGUUAAUAAAAUAUUGAAAACUCACGAUCGAAAUUUGGACAAGAAAUUGAAUUUCGAUGAAUUCUACGAAAUGGUCACCAAUCCUGAUUUACAACACAUCUUUGGCCAUUACAUGAACAGGUACAUACACUUACUAGUACCCAAACGACACACUCCUACAACAGUCACUGAUGGCCUUUACGAAGAAGAAUACAGCUGUUACCCGCCUGCAGUCGGUAUGAUUAUAUUAUCUCUUGUAGAAGUAAUAUUUUUCUGUAUAGACGAAGCAACCGAGCAUCAGUCUACGAAUUAUGCAACCGGUCCUUGUGCUGUAACGUUCAUCUACGAGCCCACUCGCAGGAGAGAAGCCUGGAGAUAUCUCACUUACAUGUUUGUGCACAUUGGGGUAUUCCAUCUCGUUUUGAAUUUACUGGUUCAAAUACUGCUCGGUAUACCGCUGGAGAUGGUUCACAAAUGGUGGAGAGUACUGGUGGUUUAUUUGGCAGGAGUUCUGGCUGGUUCUUUGGGCACUUCUAUAGUCGAUCCGACUGUUAAAUUAGCCGGAGCAAGUGGAGGGGUUUAUUCAUUGGUCACCGCUCAUAUUGCUUCCAUUAUAUUGAAUUGGAAAGAAAUGUCAUUCCCCAUUGUUCAAUUACUUGUAUUCCUGAUAGUAGCUGCAUCUGACGUUGGUACAUCUAUUUACAAUCGAUACGUGCUAGAUAUAGAUGAACAUAUCGGUUAUGCAGCCCAUUUCGCUGGAGCUUUGGCAGGUUUAUUGGUCGGUAUCAACGUGUUGAGGAAUUUGAGCGAAACGAGAACAGAAAGGAUUAUUUGGUGGAUAUCGAUGGUGAGUUACGGAUUACUUAUGGGGAUUUGUAUCGUUUGGAAUGUCGCUUGGAAGGGAUAUUUUCCAGCUGAGAAAUAUUAGAUGUUACUUGAAAAUACAAAUGAUGUUUCUUAUUGAAUUGACAAUUGGAUUUUAAGUUUUAUUAAGUGGUAAAAGAUGAACUCCUUUAUUUUUUGAACAAAAUCUACAAUAAAAACGUUAUUAUAGUUUGUAGAUAUGUUUAAUAUGGUGAUGGAUUUUUUUCGGAAAAAAGAGAAUCACUGCUUCUCACUGCUUUAAAGAAAAUGGAUUUUACUUGUAUAGUUUAUUUCAUAGAAACACGAACCUAAAUAAAACAAGAUGCAGUGGCGUGCAGCUUUAAUAUCUAUACAUAAAUAGAUAAAAAAAACCUACUACUUUUAAGUAAAGAAGUUUGUAUUUCCAUGAAAUAAACUAUAGAUUGAUCUGUUUGAAAGAUCUUUGUUUAUUUAUAUUAUAAGUAUUAUUUCUACUUUAUUUUUUGAAUAUUAUGGGUGAGAUUUUAUUUUUUUCCAAUAUCUUUUUCAUACACGUACAAUUAGUAUAGUAAUUAUAAUAAAAUUGUCCAAUGUAAUAGUACAAUGAGAUUUGAAAUUCAGCUAUUUAUAAGAUAUUUUUUUAUUUAUACACUAUACUGUGUAUUGUUAAUUUCUGAUAUACAGUUUUUUUAUUCCUAU